GCACCGAUAUUGAUAUACUCUUCACCUGCAGCACCUGAUUCCUAUAUCGAUAACGAUGAAGGCAGAAAGAGUUUCGAAUUGCUUAGAAAAUCUUAUAAUGGAGUCACGAGUCACAGAAAUCUGGAUUCAAAUGUAAUUGUAUCAUAUAGCAAUAAAUAUAGUAGAUACAAUACACUAAAAGAUAAUAUCCUGAAAACUGUUAUCUCGGUUAUAAGAAGAUUGAAAUUAGGUUCAAAUAAAAUUCCGCAUAUUUUAGAUAAUAUAGAAGAAAAAUAUGCUAAAAGGAAGUCGGCUUCCAAUAAACGUAUCAGAACCAAUUUGUCAGUUGCCUCUUCCUCAAAAGCACCAAAUAAUGAUAAGUUAUCCAACGACCAAUUUUUGGAAACUGCUUUGCAAAUCAA